CAACACACUCGUUCUAGGAAGCGCGCUGAUUCAAAAUUCAAACGAAGGGACAAAAGGAGACGCAGCGGACCGUUUCCCCGCUGUAGAGCCCAAAUCCGGGACGAAAUCCCCAUUCGGUGUUUCAGAUUUUGCAGCUAUCCGGUGCAAUCUGUAGUAAGCUAGCCACUAGUUAUGACUGAGCUCAAUCUUCUUUGUCUCUACUGAUCUUCUAGGGCGAGCUUCCUUGCUGAGUCACAGGCCAUUAACUGCAGUCGCGUUCAGCACACCAGCAAAUGCUUUUUGCUUUUCUUUGUUUUGUCUGAACUGAAUCAGCUGGCUGGAAAUCAGUGAGCAAGAUGAUGAGACGCCAUGGAUGGCAGCGUCCUCUCCACCCUUUACAGAUAGUGGGCAUGUCCGUCUUCAUUUUCCUUGUCGCAGCAUUUUAUUGCUUUCUUGGGCUUUUCCUCGGCAACAGGGUUGCUGAAAUCACCAUCACUAGUAUUUUCUCCUUUGUGGCAUUUUCUGUUGCAGUCCUGUUCGUGAGGUGUGCUGCUCUUGAUCCUACUGAUAAGACCCGAUAUAGAAUGAAAAUAAAGGGGAAAUCAACUUCAUUUCCAAAGUUGAACUAUGGGUUCCUAUUGACUCAAAUCGUCAAGAGGCUUUUCAUGAAGGUAGAGCGCAAAAUAUUUAGGACUUUUAUAAGGAGAAAGUACCUCACUCUUUGGGAAAGUAGCCUUCUAAGGGAGCCUAUGUUCCCAUUUCCCCUUAUUAUGGAUGAUUCAGUUGCACCAGAGAUCAGGGAGGAUGACAUUUCUUUUUGCAUACUCUGUGAUUUUGAGGUGAAGAAACACAGCAAGCACUGUAGAACCUGCAAUCGUUGUGUUGAGGGGUUCGAUCAUCACUGCAGGUGGUUAAACAACUGUGUAGGGAGAAAGAACUACACAACAUUCAUAUUGCUGAUGGUUUUUGUCUUGACAAUGCUUAUAAUCGAAGGAGGGAGUGCUGUUGCUAUAUUUGUCAGAUGCUUUGUAAAUAGGAAAGGGAUAGAAGAAGAGUUUGAGAGGAGAUUUUACAUAAAGUUUUCGAGGGGAGUUCCCGCAACAGCAUCUGUUUUGUUAUUUUCUAUGACGACAUAUGGUGCAGCUGCACUGGGACAACUUUUCUUCUUCCAUUUGGUUCUCAUCCGAAAGGGGAUGAAAACCUAUGAUUACAUUAUGGCAAUGAAAGAGGAGAACCAAUAUCUGGAUCUGGAAUCACUGGAAGACUCGGACUCUUCUUCAGAUGAUAGUACUGAUUUUGUUUCGCCUGAGAAGCUGCCAUUUGCCUCACAACUUAAAUGCGCAGGAGGAAGAAUAAAAACCCAGAGCCCACACAGAUUGUCCAUAAGAAUUGAAGGCAGGGAAUCUGAAUCCUCCUCACUGAUGAAAAAGCCAGGCUUCCGGGCAAGCAUUGAUCCGUGGAAGUUGAUAAAAAUGAGCAAAGAGAAAGCACUACAGGCUGCAGAUAAGGCAAGGGAAAGGCUUCUGAUGAAGCAAAAGGAAUUGGCUAAUAAUGAUAAUGCAUUGAAUUUGAAGCCACUGCCUCUAGAAACAAAAAAAGGACCCCUGAUGAAAAAGGAUAAAGAUGGUGGUAGUGUGCCCAUCAUCUCCAAUGGACCUCAGAGGCUUAGCAUAACCAGUGCAGGAUCACCUUUACAGUUUUCAAGCCCGAGGAGGAGAUUCUCAUAUUCUCCAACAGCAUCUGGUGGUGGUGCCUCUGUAUUAACACCAAAACAAAGGUAUCGAAGCAACUUUGAUCUGAAAAAACUGACACAGGUCUCAACACAAAUGGAGACUUACAUUUCAAGACAGGUUCUAUCUUCGGUGUUGACCAAGGAUGGGGCUGCAGGGACACCCCCUAGAUAGCAGAGAAGAAAACGGUCUGUUUGACCAUCAGAAGAUGCCAUUUUUUAUUAAUUUAGUGGAGUUGAUUUAUCAAAUGUAAAGUACUUACAACCCAAAGAUUGCUCUAAAUCCUUUUCCCAGACAGUUGCAUCAACCGAUAGAAUGUCACUACCUUUGUUAUCUAAUUAUAAUCCAAAGCCUUGACAUUUUUUAAAAUGUAAUUUUAUUUCUGCUUUGCUUAGGCUGGUCAGCCUAGUUAUUUAUAGAACUAGACAAGACUAUGACUUGAUCUAUUGAAGCAAAGGUGCUUUAUCCUGAAUUGUUUCUAUGCUGCAGUGCUGUUGGUAUAAAAAUUCAAUAUAUUGAGCAAAUAUUUAAA